UUUGUUGAUGUAUUUGAGCUUCAUUAUUUGAAGGCUGUUUUUUUUUUUAACUGAUACAAUACAUUACCUGUCGAUUAAACAGCUGAAGUAGCGAUGGAUGGGCUGUUUGCGUGGUGUGGAUGGAGCAGAUGCAGUCUGUGUGCAAUGAGACCUUUCUCUGUAGUGCUGUGUUGUUCAGUGUAGGCACUAACAUUGCAGAAGCCCACACACAUGGUUUAAUUCAUUUACUCUUCAAACUGGAUUUCCACACACCUUUUGCUCGCUGAUCCCUUCAUCUGCGUCUCUUGGCUGCCUCCGUGGGUUUAUAAGACAAAAAGAAAGUCAUGAGGAGACUGGCGUAUUGCAAGAUUGUCUUGGCCACAUCAUUGGUCUGGGUGCUUCUAGACGUCUUCCUGCUGUUGUAUUUUAGUGAAUGCAAUAAAUGUGAUGACAAGAAAGACAGAUCUCUGUUACCGGCCUUAAGAGCUGUUAUAUCCAGAGCGCAGGAAGGCCCAGGUGAGAUGGGAAAAGCAGUCGUCAUUCCUAAAGACGAUCAGGAGAAGAUGAAGGACUUGUUUAAAAUCAACCAGUUCAAUCUCAUGGCUAGUGACAUGAUUGCCCUCAAUAGAACUCUGCCGGAUGUGAGAUUAGAAGGAUGCAAGACAAAAGUCUACCAGGAUGACCUACCGGACACAAGCGUUGUCAUUGUUUUUCACAAUGAAGCUUGGAGCACUCUGCUUCGGACUAUUCACAGCGUUAUCAACCGUUCUCCAAGAAGAGUGCUUGCUGAGGUCAUCCUUGUGGAUGAUGAGAGCGAAAGAGAUUUCCUAAAGAAACCCUUGGAGAAUUAUGUGAAGAAGUUAGAAGUUCCAGUGAAGAUAAUUAGGAUGGAGCAAAGAUCUGGAUUGAUUCGUGCCAGACUGCGAGGUGCAGCAGCAUCUAGAGGCCAGGUCAUUACCUUCCUGGACGCACACUGUGAAUGCACUAUUGGGUGGCUUGAACCCCUGCUGACCAGAAUAAAAAACAACAGGAAAACUGUGGUUUGCCCAAUUAUAGAUGUCAUAAGUGAUGACACGUUUGAAUACAUGGCUGGAUCGGAUAUGACGUAUGGUGGCUUUAACUGGAAACUAAACUUCCGUUGGUAUCCAGUGCCCCAGAGAGAGAUGGACCGCAGGAAAGGGGACAGAACCUUACCUGUUCGGACACCGACAAUGGCUGGGGGCUUGUUCUCCAUUGACAGAAGUUACUUUGAAGAGAUUGGGACAUAUGAUGCAGGGAUGGAUAUUUGGGGUGGAGAGAACCUUGAGAUGUCUUUUAGGAUAUGGCAGUGUGGCGGAUCCUUGGAAAUUGUAACCUGUUCACACGUUGGCCAUGUGUUCCGGAAAGCAACCCCAUACACAUUCCCUGGCGGGACAGGACAUAUCAUUAACAAAAACAAUCGACGCCUAGCGGAGGUCUGGAUGGAUGAAUUUAAGGAUUUCUUCUAUAUCAUAUCACCAGGUGUGGUUAAAGUAGACUAUGGGGAUGUAUCUGCUAGGAAGGGUCUGAGAGAGAGACUGAAAUGCAAACCUUUCUCGUGGUACUUGGAAAAUAUCUACCCUGAUUCCCAGAUUCCAAGACGUUACUAUCUACUUGGUGAGAUUAGAAACGUUGAAACAAACCAGUGUCUGGAUAACAUGGGACGGAAAGAGAAUGAAAAGGUCGGCAUAUUCAACUGCCACGGCAUGGGUGGAAAUCAGGUAUUCUCAUACACAGCAGAUAAAGAGAUCAGAACAGAUGAUCUGUGCCUGGAUGUGUCGAGGCUGAAUGGUCCAGUGGUGAUGUUAAAGUGUCAUCACAUGAGGGGGAACCAGCUGUGGGAAUACGAUGUACAGAAUGCAGGCAAAUGGGAAUAUAAUUUUCAGAGAUUAACACUACGACACGUGAACAGCAAUCAGUGUCUGGAUGAGCCAACCGAGGAAGAUAAAAUGGUUCCGACCAUGAGAGACUGCAGCGGAAGUCGAUCGCAGCAGUGGGUCCUGCGCAACAUGACCUUGAGUGCCUGAAGUUGGCUGGAGCUUCUCUGACCCGUCGGCUUCUGCAGGGUUCCUAUUGCGAUUCUUCAUUAAAUAUUUUUUUUAAACAUACAAUGGACCGAGAGGGUCCUGCACUUCUGUGCCCCCCAAGUGAACUGAAUCCAAUUCGGAGCCAUUGACAACAGCGGUUAGAAAUACAGAUGAUUGUUUUUCUGUCAACAUGACAUGGCUGCACAUGCCUGAUCCAAGUCUGCAUUUACGUUCACAAGAAGCACAUUAGGAGCUAUAAAUAGCAUGGUGAACUAGCUAUUGCUAACACUAUAAAACACUCGAAAUGCAUCAGUUGAUAAACCUGCUCACAGUCUUUAAUUCUGUACAAUUAACAGCGUUGGAAACCAAGGUAUGGAAACAAAUUCACGGAAUCACUUGAGAACGGAAAUAUGUGGGACAGAUGCCUUAAAAGAUCAGAUAAAACAUGCUGGUUAUUUUAGGAGGAAUUUUAUCGUCUAUUAAAAACAAAUUCCGAACACCGUUCUAAAUGCUUGGAUUGUCCCUUCAGUGACGGUUAGUGCAAAUGUUGUUAACUGGCAGGUUUUAAAUGGUACAGAACUAUAAGCGGAAUGAACCACUGUUUUUUUUUUUUUACAAGCGCCAAGUAAAACUGCCAUACCUGAUUUGAUGUCAUCAUAGAACCUUUUGCAGCCACAGACAAUAUAGUCCUGAUGAUGAUAUCUUUGAAAAUGUGGGCAAUCAUUAUAUUAUCCUGCUUGGGUAAUACAACGGACCAAAUUAAAUACCUACAUCAUUCAGCCCUGCAACUUGUCUAGAUGGGAUCGUAUUUGCACACGAGUGCUAUUGGGAUAUCAGUCACUGCACAGCGACAGAGCAUUCAAACAUCGGAUUCCAGUUAUUAGGAAACGGAACAUAUCAGAUAGUAUUCCUGACAGGUUUUUUUUAAAAAAGUGGACCCCGGUUUACAGGUUGUCAACCUUGGUAUUAAUGUGGCCAACAAUUCCGACAUAGAAUAGCAUCUUCAGAAAAGAAAUCAGUUCCGGGGAUCUGAGUACGUGGCAUAAUAAAGCUCAAGCAAACGAUGGUCAAAAAUGGAAACUAUUUUUAAGUGCACCUUUCGACAUUGGCAAAAUGCGAUAGCUUCUAGACUAAAUCCAUUCCUUUGGAUACUUUGCUUUGACGUCACAUAUUAAAGCUUUCUUAGUUCAAACUGUUUAUGAUUCUGUCUGUACUGUGUUUUCAACUUGGGGUGACAGCAAGUUUGGCUUCUUUUCGGGAGCCUGGGUUGAAGGUGUACAGCAUGUGCAAUAUCCAUCAAGGCCACAGCAGUCAAAGUGAUAGGCUUGGGCAGUUUUUGUAUCAUAACAUGCUCUGUUGCUCCUGUAGCCUGCGGAUGUUGUCAUUGUAUUCUUUGCUGUAAAUUGAGCCAUUUGUACAUUUUUGUAGAAAUUAAAUUUUA